AAUGCCCCUGCUUGUGUAAAACAACCGCUAGGGUCUGCCGAGAUGAUGUCCACCACGGCUCGCGAGGUGAAGGAGGCAGCCCGCCGAGCCGAGGCGGUCUCGAGCCUUUCAGUCUGAUCCAGGCGCCAAAAAAACAACAUUGUGUUGUGUGUUAGUCCAGCCGCAUUAGUCUCCGAGACAUGCUACAACCCCAUGCACGCUGUGGCCCACAAAUGUUGUAGAAUCAACAGUCGCCGGUCGCUAUUAAGGCUUACAGAGCCACCAGAAAGAUGACAGCGAGGAAAGGUGUUUUUCAACCGCUGUCCGGCUCACGCGCCCCGGAGAGCAAAGCAGCAAUUGAACGGUUCACGGAUAAUAACACCGUGUGGUCUUUUCCCUCUCCGGCACAGGACCCGGAGAGGGAAUCCGCGUUUGCGGCCGGGAUCCACGCGAACGUCGUGGGGGUAGCGGUCGCCGGCUCUGGAGCAGCGGACGAGUCCUCAGACAGCGAGGCUGAGCAGGAAGGACCUCAGAAACUCAUCCGGAAGGUCUCCACCUCCGGCCAGAUUCGAAGCAAGACCAGUAUAAAGGAAGGCCUCUUGCUGAAGCAGACCAGCUCCUUCCAGCGGUGGAAGAAACGCUACUUCAAGCUAAGAGGACGGACCCUUUACUAUGCCAAAGAUGCCAAGUCUGGUAGCGCCCUGGCGCGCUGGCAGGAGCGGGCGCUGCGCCGGGUGUCUCGGAGCCGCGUGUGCUGGCGGGUCCUGUCCGUGUGCUGGACGGGCCCCCAGCAGGGGUCCCCGCCGCCCCUCGGUGCCAGCGGAUCAGAGGAAGGCCUGAUGAAUAUCCGGUCCCUCAUCUUCGACGAGGUGGACCUAUCGGAUGCCAGCGUUGCAGAGUCCAGCACAAAGAAUGUCAACAACAGCUUCACGGUGAUCACCCCGUUCCGCAGGCUCAUCCUCUGCGCGGAGAACAGGAAAGAGAUGGAGGACUGGAUUAGCUCGCUGAAGUCGGUCCAGUCCCGGGAGCAUUACGAGACGGCACAGUUCAACGUGGAACAUUUCUCAGGGAUGCACAACUGGUACGCUUGCUCCCACGCACGGCCCACCUUCUGUAACGUCUGCAGGGACAGCCUGUCCGGGGUCACCUCCCACGGCCUGUCCUGCGAAGUUUGUAAAUUUAAAGCCCACAAACGUUGUGCUGUACGUGCCACCAAUAACUGCAAAUGGACGACCCUCGCCUCAAUAGGGAAGGAUAUCAUUGAGGACGAAGAUGGGAUCGCCAUGCCCCAUCAGUGGCUGGAAGGCAACCUGCCUGUCAGUGCCAAGUGUGCUGUGUGUGACAAGACGUGUGGGAGCGUCUUGAGGCUUCAGGACUGGCGCUGCCUCUGGUGUAAAGCCAUGGUCCACACAGCGUGCACGGAUCUGUACCCGCGCAAAUGUCCCCUGGGCCAGUGUAAGGUCUCCAUCAUCCCACCCACCGCACUCAACAGUAUCGACUCUGAUGGCUUCUGGAAGGCCACCUGUCCCCCGUCCUGUGCCAGCCCCCUGCUGGUGUUUGUCAACUCCAAGAGCGGAGACAACCAGGGGGUGAAGUUCUUGCGCCGCUUCAAGCAGCUCCUCAACCCCGCCCAAGUCUUCGACCUGGUCAAUGGUGGGCCACACCUGGGUCUGCGUCUGUUCCAGAAGUUUGAUAACUUCAGGAUACUGGUGUGUGGCGGGGACGGCAGUGUGGGAUGGGUGCUCUCUGAGAUUGACAAGCUGAACCUCCACAAACAGUGCCAGCUGGGCGUGCUCCCCCUGGGCACGGGGAACGACCUGGCGCGGGUGCUGGGCUGGGGCCCGUCCUGCGACGACGACACCCAGCUGCCCCAGAUCCUGGAGAAGCUGGAGCGGGCCAGCACCAAGAUGCUGGACCGCUGGAGCAUCAUGACCUACGAGAUCAAGAUCCCGCCCAAACACAGCUGCCCCACCACACCGGAGGGGGUGGACGACUGCCAGCUUCACAUAUCAGCCUAUGAGGACUCAGUUGCUGCCCAUCUCACCAAGAUCCUCAACUCAGACCAGCACUCUGUGGUCAUCUCCUCUGCCAAGAUCCUGUGUGAGACGGUGAAGGACUUUGUUGCCAAAGUGGGCAAAGCCUAUGAGAAAACUGUGGACAACACAGAUGAGUGUGACAGCAUGUCCCUCAAAUGUUCCAUCCUGAACGAGAAGCUGGACUCCCUGCUCCAGACCCUGAACGGCGAGAGCCAGUCCCGGCUGCCCCCCCUGCCCCACUCCACCCCGCCCAUCGUGGAGGAGGAGCGGGAGGACGACGACGACGACGAUGACGACGACGACGACGGAGGAGGAGUGGAGGAGGAGGUGAGCGAGGAGAGCCUGACGGAGCUCAAGGGGAAGCUGGAAGAGGAGGAGACGGAGAAGGGCGGACGGGGAGUCGGAGGACGGGGAGGUCGAGGAAGAGGAGGAGCGAGCCUCUUCAAGAGCAAAGAGCAGCUGAUGCUGAGGGCCAACAGUCUGAAGAAGGCCAUCCGCCAGAUCAUCCUGCAGGCGGAGAAAGUGGUGGACGAGCAGAACGCCCACACGGACGACACCGACCUGUCCUCGCCCCUGGACCUCCGCAAGGACAGCGAGGAGGAGAACCGCGACAGCGAGAAGGACGAGGACACCAAGGAGCUGGAGAUGCUGUCUUCUGCUAAGAGCCCGUGCUCCCCAACGGAGAGGAGGGUGAGCCGCAGCACCCAGUCCUGUGGCUCCUUCUCCAUCACACCCUUCACCACCAGCAAGGAGAACCUGCCUGUACUCAACACGCGCAUCAUCUGCCCUGGUCUGAGGGCCGGUCUGGCCGCCUCCAUAGCCGGCAGCUCCAUCAUCAGUAAGAUGCUGUUGGCUAAUAUCGACCCGUUUGGAGCCACACCCUUCAUCGACCCUGACCUAGACUCGCUGGAGGGUUACAUGGAGAAGUGUGUGAUGAACAACUACUUCGGCAUAGGACUGGAUGCUAAAAUCUCCCUGGAGUUCAACAACAAACGAGAAGAGCACCCAGAAAAAUGCAGGAGUCGCACUAAGAAUAUGAUGUGGUACGGGGUCCUGGGCACCAAGGAGCUGCUGCAGAGAACCUACAAGAACCUGGAGCAGAAGGUCCAGCUGGAGUGUGACGGCCAGUACAUCCCCCUGCCCAGCCUCCAGGGUAUUGCUGUGCUGAACAUCCCCAGCUACGCCGGCGGGACCAACUUCUGGGGCGGGACCAAGGAGGAUGACAUCUUCUGCGCCCCGUCCUUCGACGAUAAGAUCCUGGAGGUGGUGGCCGUGUUCGGCAGCAUGCAGAUGGCCGUGUCCCGCGUGAUCAAGCUGCAGCACCACCGCAUAGCACAGUGUCGCACGGUAAAGAUCACCAUCCUGGGCGACGAGGGAGUUCCCAUCCAGGUGGACGGAGAGGCCUGGAUCCAGCCUCCCGGCGUCAUCAAGAUCCAGCACAAGAACCGCGCCCAGAUGCUCACCCGGGACAGGGCCUUUGAGAACACGCUCAAGUCCUGGGAGGACAAGCUGAAGUACGACAAGGGCCCUCUGCGGCCCCACCUCUACCCCCAGCAGUCUGUGGACCUGGCCACCGAGGAGGAGGUGGCCAUGGUGCAGAUGUGUGCCCGCGCAGCUGAAGAGCUCAUCACCAGGAUUUGUGAGGCGGCCAAGACCAACGGGAUGCUGGAGCAGGAGCUGGCGCACGCCGUCAACGCCUCGUCGCACGCCAUCAACAAGACCCACCCCAAGUUCCCCGAGAGCCUGACCAGGAACACGGCCAUCGAGGUGGCCAGCACUGUCAAGGCCCUCCACAACGAGACAGAGUCCCUGCUGGUGGGCAGGGUCUCCCUGCAACUGGAGCCGCCGGAGGAGGAGCUGCUGUCCGGAGCCCUGCAGAGCGUGGAGCUGGAGCUGGGCAAGCUGGGGGAGAUCCCCUGGCUCUACCAUAUCCUGCAGCCCAACGACGAGGAGGAUCACUCUCUGGAGUAUGGCAAGAGGAACAGCCGCAGCAGCAUGUUCCGCAUUGUGCCCAAGUUCAAGAAGGAGAAGGCCGCCAAGAAGACCAGUCCACAGUCAGUGGAGAGGUGGGGUACAGAGGACGUGGGCGUCUGGCUGGAGCAGCUGAGCCUGGGGGAGUACCGGGACAUCUUCACCCGCCACGACAUCCGCGGCUCCGAGCUGCUGCACCUGGAGCGCAGGGACCUGAAGGAUCUGGGGAUAUCGAAAGUGGGUCAUAUGAAGAGAAUCCUCCAGGGAACUAAAGACCUGGCCAAAUCCGCCAUGGUUGACCUCUGACCUCUGGAAGCGGAUGCCACACCUGCAGAGAGGGAAGAAUGAACCUCCCCACCCCCCUUUUGUCAGGAAGGGUUUUGAUCGGAGCGCCGUCGUGGAGCAUCUGUUGAAAUGCUCGGUUUUCCCGGGGAACAGGACUCAAAUUGUUUAUGCCUCAAGUCUGGGGGAGGGGGGAGGGAAGGAGAGUAGAAUACCCUGUGAGUUGGGACUGACACAUGUGACAUCCAGAGUUUAGUGUGUAGUGUAAGCUUUGUGCCAAAAGAAAGGAAAAGCGAAUUGAAGAAAGUAGAUUUGGGGGAAAGAGGGGUUGAGGGGGGGGUGGGGGAGAGAGAUGCCUCACAACGUCUUUGGUCUUAUAAGAAAUACAUAUUAAAAAGCCAUUUCUCACACCUUUCCACUCAUGGCACACACACAAGACAUCACGGCCCUCAGGUUGCUGAGCGGUGGGCCGGUUACAGGCGGCCAUGUCGGAGUAGCAAAACCAAGGACUUCCAGGAGCGAUGGCCCGCGGGACGCAGUGCAGAGCUGGUUUCAGUUCCCACUGUCAGCACUUUGUUGGUCGGCGGAACCAUUGUAAACGACUGAAAGUAGCACGAUGGAAAUGGCUUCAUGGGAACCAACACAUGUCUAGAAUUCAAAAACGCAGCGAAGGCUCCCUCUCUGUUCGAACACAGGUCAUUGCAUAAGCGUGUUUUAAAUCGGUGAGCGUGUUUUUACAUUGCAGGUAUGGUCUGCUUAUUUCAGCCAUUCAGAACAGGCCAUCGCAAUGACCAGGGAUGACGCCGUCUCUGGGGUUUGAGCUCAGUGUUUGGUUACCGUGGUUGGGAUGUUGUUGCAUGACAUGCUUACUCAACUAUAGAUAUGUUUAUUUGCAUGAUUAGUGUUUUUUUUUUUUUAUCAUGUGUGUGUGCGUGCGUGCGUGUGUGCGUGUGUGUACAAUAAUAACACUUGAACAAGUUUUUUAUGACUUAAGUAUUACGAUGCCAUUUGUUACUACUGAAAGCAUCUUUUUUUUGGUCUAAAAGAAAUCAAGCUUUUUUCUAGUUUUUCUUUUGUUUUGUUUUCAUUAUUUAUUUCAUUUGCAUGAUAAAUUGGUGUCAAAGUGACUUGUCCAAGUGCCAAUAUUUUCCAAUUCUAGUGUAAAAACGUGCUUUAUCCGUAGAAAUCAUAAGAACGCAUCGAGGAGGUAUGAAUAUGAAUAUGAAUAGGACUUUUAGCUGUAGAUUGAACACACUCUCCGUUGAUGUGAAAGCCUGUACCAAAGUGAAUGUCAUGGGAGGCUAGCGGUGUAGAAAACCACUCUGAGGCACGGAGAAGGCCACCAUGGGGGCUCUGUCAAGCUCAUAGGGCUCAUGGGCGAUCGUGACGAGAAAGGACGGAGUGGACGUUCAGAAUUAUUUGGAUGGCUAUCAUCAAUCUGAAAGCCAGCCAUUAUAUAGCAUAGGGACUUCAUUGUGUUAAUACUGUAAAGGCACUUUUUCAAAUUGCCUCGCAUAUUGUGCAAGUGCAAAACCCUCAUAUCAGUUAUAACAGUUCAACGUUUGACUUUUCCCAUUUUGUUUUGUAUUUUUACCGUAGCAAUUUCAACUCCAGUAUUUGGAUAACACUAUUUGGAAGGAGGAAGGGAGUCAAGUGUUGGUUUUGAAUAUAGAGCAGUUGACUUGCAGCAUAACUCAGCUUUCUUUGGUUCUGUUUUUGAUUCUUUGAAUUACUAGCAAGAUGUUAAUAGAAGUUUUCUUGAUAUGUCUGUAAGAUUGAAAGCAUUACAGGGUAUAUUUGUAUAUGUGAUGAAAAAAGUAUGUAUAUAUAUCUAUAUAUAGAUAUAGAUAUACAUAUAUAUAUAUGCACUGUACGGACAGUUUACUGGUGUAUGCAAACACUGUUUGUAAGUGUUGUAGUUGAAUGCCUUUGUAGAGGGCGGACAAUGAAUGCAUGGUCAGCAGCAUUCAUGUUGGAUCGUGUACCUAGCACCAUGGCAUCAUUUUGUGGAUUAUUAAUUCAGUUUUAAUCUUUUGUACAUGACAAUGCUGUUGUAUUCUAAUGGCGGUGCAAUAUAUAGCUCUGUUGUUUUUUUUGAUACAGACUCUGCAGCUUUCUAACAUGGCAGCCCUCCAUGGUCUCAUGGUUUAGAAUGAACCCCCAUAGACAGACACUCCGAGAUUCUUCCAGAAGUUCAUUAGAUUGUAGUCUCGUUCCUCUGUGCUUCCAAGGUGAUUCUCCUUCGUAGGACCAUGUCCAUGAAUAACUAGAACAGGCAGACAUGACUGUUGUGCUAUAAUUUCACCAUGUAUCACAAUGCAAUUGCUUGCAUGUGUGUGUGUGUGUGUGUGUGUGUGUGUGUGUGUGUGUGUGUGUGUGUGUGUGUGUGUGUGUGUGUGUGUGUGUGUGUGUGUGUGUGUGUGUGUGUGUGCGUGCGGGCGUGCGUGCGUGCGUGCGUGCGUGCGUGUGUGUGUACACGUGCAUACUAUGCAUGCUUCUUCAUUACCAGUGGCAUCCCCCAUAUCUAUCAGCAAUUGUAAAGCGUAUCAUUGCCAUCAGUCUGAAUCUCCCCUUUUUUCAUUUAUUUUGAAAUGAUUGGUCCACAUUACAUUCGUAAUCUUGUUUUAUUUUUCAACCGGUCCCCCCCAGAGCAAUAUCAUUCCCACUUGCAUUUUAAUAUCAAAUACUGGUUUUGCCCUACAGUGCUUCCUGCAUAAUGAUAUCACGUUAGAGUAAACUAGAAGAGGAUUUGGAUAAGGGGUUCCUUUCCAUAAUGGUUCCCUGAAAUGUAGCAAAAGGCAGCUUAACCAUACAAUAUAUAAUCAAGUCAGACUUUGAUUUGGCAGAUUAAGCUGCAGCAUUAUGCUAGAUCAUCCACUAGAGGGAGCCAUAUCACUCUGAUGCGUUCCCAAAUCGCUCCCUCUCUUUCGCUCUUACUGCAUCAUUAGUAAUGCUGUUGCAGACAAUCACUUGCAUCGGGGCUAAUAAAUAUAUAGAUAGUAGCUGUGUUGCAGACUCAAGUCAAACUUUAACACUCCAAUCACUACACGCCUGACUCUAAUGCCUUUCAUUUACUAGUUCAGCAAGUGUCUUUUUUUUCAUCACACAAACCCUAAACGUAUGGACAUAUGUACUAUGCCUUGGACUCGCAUUCAGAAAAUGCAAAGGAUAUAUGUAUCAGUAAUUAGAGGAUAGGAAUAGGUUCAUGCCUCUCCUAAUCAUAUUCCAGAAGUCUGGAUUAAAGUGCACUUUAGUCCAGUUGUAGGGUCUAGAGUGUAGGGUCUAAAAGUCACUGAGGCCUUGUUUUGUCAGUGCUUUAAACAGAGUUAGUAGUAUGAAUCAAACUGCCUUGUUUCUUCAGUGCUCAAUAACCAUAUUUUAUGCAUUUUAUUCUUCAUCUCCAUGGCCACUCAUUUGGGUAUGAAUGUGUAUUUCAUCUUGAUGUAUGGGUCGGAGUCCCCUUGCUCUGUUGUGUAUGCUUGUGAUGUUUCAAAUGUCCAGCCAGAUUAUAUUAACCCUACUUGUUCUGACUCAGACUACAGGCAGGAGGGAGUUGGGUUGUUCAAUACAUAGUGGACAUGCCCACCUUCUCCCUUACUGAGUUUUCCAGUGGUCUGUAAAUAAAUGCUGCAAACUGCCUGGUUUUCAUAAUCCAAAAAAACAAAACAAGAAAAAUGUUGGGGGGGGAAUGUGUGUUUCAUUUGUUUACAUUAGUUUACUAUGGCACAGUUUUAAUUUCUUAAAAUUUCUAUAGGUAUAAACAAUAUUUGAAUAUUUGCAUAUUUAUUGCCUAAGGUUAUAUGAUAUGAUGUGUAUUGUGUUUUCACAUUUGGAAUAUAAUGUUACAGUUGUCACCUAUAUUAAUAUCUGGAUGACUUUGGUAAAGUAAGUAAGUAGUUGGUAAUUUUUAUGACUACUAAGUGACUGUUUUCUGUGCCUUUUUAUGGUUAGAAUGCAUGGUUAACUAUUUAUUACAAUUUGAAGUCACUGAGAUGUGUAUUUUUGUAUUCUGAAUAAAUAAAUGGUCCAGCUUUGUUGUACAUUUUUUGUGGUGACUUAAAAAAGGCCACCUGUUCAUAUAUUCCUUCUUCAAUAAAACUGAAUUAAUACACAA